CUUAGUCUCCGCCCACUGCACGGCUGUUUUCCGUGUGACUUCCACUCGACGCGUGCUUGCGUGCUGCGUGGGGACUUUUGCCAGCUGGAUAGCGUGCCGAAGGGGCCCAUUCCAUGCCUGCAGCUGCUCAUCCGCUCGCCUGGCGUUGUUUCUUUUUUGUCCACCUCGUCCCCAAGUCGUCGUGCUGCCGGCUAAGACAUCGACUGUGUGCCCCUCUCCCGUCCGUUUAUCACCACCACCACCGCCGCAGCCGAAUAGGGAACACACCAUCCGUCGCCAGCACCCCCAGGCACUACUGCUACUGCCCACACCCACGCACUACACUACCAACGCUCCAUUCGACGCUCAUUACAUCACCCAAUCGCUCCCCUAGCACCAUCAUGCAGCGCGACUAGUCCCCUCAUCCCGGUUUCGCGGCCCACUCUCGUUGCAGUCAGCAAGCACUACCCACCGUCCUGCUCAACAACGCGUACCUUUGACCUACACGCCCGACUCUUCCGGACCGUCGU